AUGCCUUCUCCUACCCACACCCACGUAGACACCGCCUCAGUGCUUUCCAGGUCCCAACCCGCUAAAUCCGAUAUUUCGGUUGAAAACAUCGUUACAACCACCCCAACACCAAAUGGCAAUGGUCACACUGACCCCUCUGACAGCCAUAAAUCAGUUCAAACCAACGGCGACGUCUCUAAGAUCGAACUCGUCCAGGAUGAUUUGGCCGACCCCCGUCCAUUCAAAUACAGACCAGUCGAGUUGGCCAGUCUUCUCGACCCGAAGGAUCUCGACGCUCUCGAGGCGCUUGGGGGUAUCGACGGCCUUCUUGACGGCCUCGGAACUGACCCUGUCCGGGGUUUAACGGUAGACGGUUCUGCAAACAGUAGACCAGGUGCUGGGGUAGGCGCUUCCCAAAGACACGACCGGCAGCCUUUGUCCGUUGCUGCACCGCACGAUCACGUCGACGGUGAUAUCGCCGGCGACCCUUAUACGGCGUCAAUGCAAGAACGGCAGCGCGUGUUUGGAGAGAAUGUUCUUCCACAGCGAGCGAGUAAAAGUCUACUGGCUCUCAUGUGGCUUGCCCUGAAAGAUAAAGUUCUUGUUUUGUUGUCUAUUGCAGCGGUUGUUUCUCUCGCGCUUGGCUUGUUUCAAGAUUUUGGCACGCCACAGCCUGCAGGUGAACCUCCAGUCGAUUGGGUGGAAGGUGUUGCGAUUAUGAUCGCCGUCCUGAUUGUCGUCGUCGUUGGCUCGAUAAAUGACUGGCAAAAAGAACGGCAAUUCAAGGUCCUCAACGAGAAAAAGGAAGAACGUGGGGUCAAGGUCAUUCGCAACGGCGUCGAACGUCUCAUUGAUGUGAAAGAAGUCGUAGUCGGCGACGUAGCAUUAUUAGAACCCGGGGAAAUUGUCCCCUGCGACGGCAUCUUCUUAUCCGGGCACAAUGUCAAGUGUGACGAAUCAGCGGCAACUGGCGAGUCGGAUGCUAUUAAAAAGGCGUCCUAUGCAGAUUGUCUGGCGCUGAAGCAGGCACUGAACGGUGUGCGCGCUGAAGGCGGCGCCCUCGGAGGAGAGCAUGUAUCUGCGCACACUGACUGUUUUGUCGUCAGUGGUAGCAAGGUUUUGGAAGGCGUCGGUAGCUAUGUCGUCGUCGCAGUUGGCACGAAGAGCUUUAACGGCAGGAUCAUGAUGGCUCUCAGGACGGACGCGGAGAACACCCCGCUUCAAUUGAAGCUCAACGUCCUGGCGGAAUUAAUCGCGAAGAUUGGAAGCAUUGCCGGCAUCGUUCUCUUCUCCGCUCUGAUGAUCAGAUUCAUUGUGCAACUCGUUACAGGAGAGCCUGCCAGGACUCCUGAUCAGAAUGGCAUGGCCUUCGUUCAGAUUCUCAUUAUCUCGGUCACCUUGGUUGUAGUCGCCGUUCCAGAAGGACUGCCGUUGGCUGUGACGCUGGCUUUAGCCUUCGCCACUAAGAGGAUGACCAAAGAAAACCUUCUUGUGCGCGUCUUGGGCUCUUGCGAGACUAUGGCCAACUCCUCCGUUAUCUGCACUGACAAGACUGGUACCCUAACUCGCAAUGUCAUGUCCGUCGUCGCAGGCUCUAUCGGUAUCCACGCCAAAUUCGUUCGCAAACUCGAGGACAACCAGGCCCGCACGAACGCGAAUAGAAGGAGUACUGAUUCGAAUGUUCCAAGUGAUGACUUUAGCAUCGAUCAAUCUACGCUUAACACCGUUCUCAGCCGACCGCUUCUUGAUUUGUUCAAUGAGGCCAUUGCUGUGAACUCUACUGCUUUCGAAGACGAGGAGAAGGAGACUGGAGAGCGCGUGUUUGUGGGAAGCAAGACGGAGACAGCGCUUUUGAACUUUGCAAAAGAGCUCGGAUGGCGGGAUUACAAGGAGACGAGAGAUGCGGCGGAAAUUGUUCAGAUGAUACCAUUCUCUAGCGAUCGCAAAGCUAUGGGCGUCGUCGUCAAGCUCAAGCAGGGCUAUCGGUUCUACGUCAAGGGUGCUAGCGAGAUACUCACAAAGCUGUGCACCAGACAUGUCGUCGUGCACCAGCAAGGAGGCACCUCCACCGGUGUUCAGACGGCAGAGAUUGAUGGCUUCUCCGAGGAGAACAUCACGAGGACUAUCAUUUUCUACGCGAAUCAGACUCUGCGGACUAUCGGCUUGUGCUACAGGGACUUUCCGACUUGGCCACCACCUGGGAUUCAAGUCUCUGCUAUAGACGAAGUGCCAUACGACGUCAUCGCCAAAGACCUGACGUUGAUCGGAAUCGUUGGAAUCGAAGAUCCACUCAGGGAUGGUGUUCGAGAAGCGGUCUCUGAUUGCCACAAAGCUGGUGUCGCUGUGAAGAUGUGCACGGGUGACAAUGUGCUGACGGCGCGUUCGAUCGCCACGCAGUGUGGUAUAUACACGGCUGGUGGUAUCAUCAUGGAAGGACCCGUUUUCCGUCUGCUUGACGAAUCGCAGAUGCUCGAGAUCGUUCCACGGCUUCAGGUUCUCGCCCGUUCAUCGCCUGAAGACAAGAAGAUCCUGGUCGAGAAGCUUCGUGCGCUUGGGGAGAUCGUUGCCGUUACUGGAGAUGGGACGAAUGACGGACCCGCUCUCAAGACGGCGCACGUUGGAUUUUCCAUGGGCAUAGCAGGGACUGAAGUUGCCAAAGAGGCGUCCGACAUCAUUCUGAUGGACGACAACUUUUCUUCCAUCGUCAAGGCGAUCAUGUGGGGCCGUUGCGUUAAUGACGCAGUCAGGAAAUUCCUUCAGUUCCAGAUCUCCACCAACGUGACUGCCGUGGUGAUCACUUUCGUAACCGCUGUCGCUUCUAAUUCUGAAACGUCGGCUCUGUCGGCUGUUCAGCUGCUGUGGAUCAACAUUAUCAUGGACACGUUCGCUGCACUCGCGCUCGCUACGGAUCCUGCGUCGCCGGCGCUACUGGACCGAAAGCCUGAUAAGCAGACGGCGCCGCUUUUCACGGUGGAUAUGUACAAGCAGAUUUUAUUGCAGUCUGUCUAUCAGAUCACCGUCAUCCUGCUUUUCCACUUCCUUGGCGUCCAGAUACUGGGCCUUGCGAACACGUCCGGGAAUGCCACCAUUGUGCAGACGCUUGUCUUCAAUGCGUUCGUUUUUGCUCAGAUAUUCAACUCGGUGAACUCGCGCAGGCUGGAUAGGAAGCUGAACAUCUUUGAAGGCAUGCUCAACAAUUGGUACUUCAUGGUCAUCACCCUUAUCGAAAUUACUGUACAAGUCGUCAUCGUGUUCAUCGGUGGGACCGCAUUCCAGGUGACGCGUAUUGGAGGUCGUGAAUGGGGUAUCUCGCUCGCUCUUGGCAUCGUAUCCAUCCCACUUGGCGCGCUCAUCCGCUUGCUACCCAACGGACCAUUUGAACGGCUCUUCAUUAUAAUGCGCUUACUGCCAAAGCCCGAAGGCGGUCUUCCCAAAGUUCGCCCAGACGUUGAAUGGAACUCUGCGAUCGAGCUUGUACGUGAUAACCUCGCCACGUUCGCUAACCUACGGGGCGGGCGACUUCGCUCGUCUUCGUUUGUUGUGAAGAGCCGUCAGGCUAGAUUACAUGAUGAUAAACGGGUUCCGCUCCCUUCGUUGAUGACCAUGGUUCCGACGCUUAUUGCAUCUUCUAUUGGAGCUGGCUGGGCACCUCAGUCGCGCGGCACUCUAUCGGACCCUGCUCGUUACGAUCCCUCAAAGUCUUCUGCUGCUCUCUGGGAAGGCAGGCUUCAGAUUCACCCCGAUACCAAGCCAGAUGAUGCGGUCUAUCGCACAAAAUGGGGUAAAGGGAACCGUCCGUCCGCGGUAUAG